AUUGUGAAGUUUUGAGGGCUUAACGUCAGGGGAAUAUAACACAGCUUGGUCCAUAAUGGAGUCCAUAGUGAGCAGUGAGGUCAUUCUCUCAGUUUAUAUCAUUUCAUUCCUGAUCGGCUUCCCCUGCAAUCUCAUCGCUCUCUGUGCGUUUAGUGUCAAGAUCCGCUCAAAGCCAGUUCCCACAGACAUCCUGCUGCUCAAUCUGACCGUCUCUGACCUGCUCUUCUUGAUCAUCCUUCCUCUCAAGAUGUACGAGGCAGCCUCUGGUAUGGAAUGGAAUCUGUCUCAUUUCAUGUGCUCCAUCACCUCCUUCACCCUUUACUCCACAAUCUACACCAGCUCCUUGCUGCUGAUGGCAGUCAGCGUGGUCCGCUACAUAGGAGCAGCAUUCCCUCUCACCUAUCGCCAGCUGCAUAAACCUGUGUAUGCAGCUGUUAUUAGUGCUGUUAUUUGGUUGAUCUCAGCAGCACACUGCAGCAUUGCUUUCAUCAUCCAGCACCACCCAUCUCUGACCAGCAAAAACUCCAGUGUGUGCUAUGAACACUUUACAAAAAAGCAGUUGGAGGUCCUCCUCCCAGUACGUUUGGAGUUUUUCUUUGUACUCUGCCUUUUCCCUCUUCUAAUUUGUGUUUACUGCUACUUGCGCUGCAUCUUGAUUCUACACAACCGUCCCAGGAUAUCCCGGGUGCGGAAACAGAAGGCCAUUGGCAUGGCCUUGGGGACGCUUGCUGUGUUCCUCAUUUGUGUUCUUCCAUACAAUUUAUCUCAUAUAGUGGGUUACAUUCAGGGACAGAACCCAGAGUGGAGGUACUAUGCCUUUCUGCUUAGCUGCUUCAACACCUCUAUUGAUCCCAUCAUCUUCUAUUUUUCCUCCUCCAUCUUCUGCUUCUCCAGUGAAAAACGUAUUUUCAGGAAGUGUAAACAGCCUGUUUGA